UGCUGAUGACAGGACACGAGGACUGAUCACCUUUGACCGACAGCUGUCAGAGCGACACAUACACAGGGCACAAACGCCCCGUCAAACAGUGACGCACCAGAUAGGCCUUCAGUCUGACCUGCAAGGAGCCUCAGCUGGAUCCCCCGCCUAAAGCUGAACAAUAUCUGCUAUCGCCUGCAAAGAUGCUGCUCCUACUACUGGGAAUCAUCCUCCUGCACCUCGCUGCUCUGGUUCUCCUGUUCGUUUCUACGAUUGUCAGCGUGUGGACGUCAACUGAAACUGGCACCUCAGACCUCUGGUUAAACUGCUCAACUGUCAAUGGAGGAUCCCACUGUGACCCUGCAAACACUGGAGAGUGGAUUCAGGCAGUCCAGGCUCUCAUGAUCCUAUCCAUCAUCUUCAGCUGCCUGUCCCUGUUCCUCUUCUUCUGCCAGCUCUUCACCUUGCAGAAGGGCGGACGCUUCUUCCUCACUGGAACCUUCCAGAUCCUUGCCAGUUUGUUCGUGAUGAGCGGAGCCAUCAUCUACACGGUGAUGAGUCCGGACUGGGUGGAUGAUAGAUACUCCUUUGGCUACUCCUACAUCCUGGCGUGGGUGGCCUUCCCUUUGGCGCUGAUCAGCGGACUCAUCUAUGUCAUCUUGAGGAAGCGAGAAUGAGCCGUCACUCCAUCCCAGUGUUCCCAGUAACCCCCUGCCCAGCUGCGAGUGUCAUCAGCCCCCCUCAGAAGUAUAAGUUUUGACGUACCAACGGCCCCUGGAGCCACCAGGCCAAUCAGAUCACAGUGAAGGGGGGGUAAUACCAAAAAAUCAACAAGCAAACCAACACAAAAACAACCAAUACUGUCUCAGUUAAAAGAUGUAUAUAGUAUCUAUGGUUUAAAACCUAUUUAUAACACUUUUUACAUAUAUGUACAUAGUUGUUGUGUUGCUCUGUCAAUGGAUGAGCUUUGUUUUAGCUGAUUAAGUGCCUCAGUGUUUGUUUGUAAUGAUGAAAUAAUUAGAUUUUGUUGUGUUUCUUUCUUUUUUUUGUUUUGCCAAAGAAUUAGCAAAAAAGAAAAAAAGUUUCUUCAAGUAUAUUAACCAAAGUGCAUGUAUAGAAAUAGAAGGAGCAGAAGUUUCGUUUUUUUUUUUUUUUUGGAUGGGCUUGCUUUAUAAAAAGAGUGGUAACAUCCAUGGACGUAGCAUAGCCAAGAAAUAUAGAUUUGGUCCUUUUUUCUAUUUUGUGAAUUUUCAGUGUUUUUUUUCUAUUUCUUAUUUUCAACAAAAGAUGGUGCUAUGUAUUUAUCAUUCCUAUUACUGAUAGCAAUCUUUACAACACUUUGUUAUUGUUUAGAGUCAAACAGCCAUUAAUUAAAGUGAGAAUCAGACAGAGGUACACCUGUACAUAACAGUGCCUGACUGCUUCUUUAGGGAACACAGUCUAUUUCACAUUGCAGUCUGAUUUUCUUUUUUUCUUUUUCUUCAUCAGCUACUGUAACAGAAGUUUGGGGUGGUGCACUGAUGAAAUCAAAAGUGGAAUGUCAGUAUUAUUCUGCAAGUUCGUAAAGAGUCGGAUUACAGUGAAAUUACUUCAUAUAUAAGCUUUAUUUCGCUCUAAUUGCCUUAAUUGUCCUUUAUUCUGAUGUCCGUGUUCAAGCCAAAUUGCCUAUUUAGUAGAAUAAUGAAAAUAACACUGUGGGGCAUUAUAGCCUACGAAAAAAACAUUUAACAUUACUAGAGAGAAAAAUGCCACUGAGUUGAAGCCAUAUAAGAAGAGGAUAGGAAAAACAUAUUAACUCUUUAUGUGAGAAAAAAAGGACAGAGAAGUUUGCAGUGAUGAUACAAAUGUCUGUUUCACAUACUUGAAGUUUGACAUGCUGCAGUCUCUGCCCACUACAAGUUCUACUGUAUAAAAAAAAAAAGCUGUUUAUGUGUUGCGCAUAACAGAUGGUGAUGACAAUCUAGCCUAAAAUAAAAACUACUCUCACAUUAUCUAAUACUGUGUAUUCCACUGUUACAAGGGACUGGAUUCACGCUAACACUUGCAUGCAGAGGUUCAUUUUCUAGGGUUGUUAUCCUGUCUGCCUGUAAACUCUCAAAUCUCUGGGCUAAAAAAACUGCCAGUAAAUGCGAAAAGACAUUAAAAUGGAAGCAAAUUUAGCGUGGUGUGUGAUGCAUAUGCUUUGAGGUGAAUCAAAGAUGCCCGAAACUGAAAUGCAGCCUGUAAAUUCCUGCGUACAGUCGAGCUGAGCAACCUUACAGUAUGCCACCACUCUCUGCUAGAUCAAAUAAGCUGCCUUGUGCAUGCAGUUGCAAAUGCUACACACACCGGGGCAAAGGCAGUUAUUCAAAACACGCAGCUCGUGUUUCAGCGUCAACGGUGCCUCUCAUAGCAUGAGAAAUAAGAGGACUUGGAUGUGCUUGCGAACACUGUAAGCAAGGGUCUGUCCUCCACUUGACAUCUCCUGUAGCUUUCCAAAACAGAGUGGUAGAUUAAAGUAUUUAAUUCAGAGCUUACACUAGCUAGUCUGCUGUGUUUUUUUUCUUUUCAGCAUGAUGCUCAUCAUUGGGUUCAGUUAGAAGAGAUGACCUCUAAUGACAACUGCCCUGCUAUUUUGUGUAAAGCGACGAUUGUCUUUGCCAUGUUUACACCUAAACUUCCAAAAUGCUCUUGAUAAUACCAAAGCUACUUUGAGUUUAAUCAUCAUUAAAGGAUGUUUCUUACCACCA